AUUGGGCCCUUGGGGAAGCCAGGAACGCCGCUGAAGCCCCGCUCCGUCCUUGCUAAGCGGCUUGGCUUGGAUGCGGGAAGCAGCAGCAAGAGCAGCAGAGCCCCAUUCACACGUUACAUACGCGAGAUUUCUUCUGACAGGAUGACAGGGAAAAGCCAGAAUUUAAAUUUCCAGCUGCCAGCUGCAGCACAGCCUUCAGUGGAGAGCCAUUCUUAUUCAUUUGGGAAUGGAAUCAGCUCCGACAGUGAUGUUUUGGAAGAUGAAGUGGAGGUGUAUGAACUGCGACCCCGGGGAAGGGAGAAAGUCCGAAGAAGUACAUCCAGAGAGAGAUUGGAUGAUAUUAUAUUUAUAACAAAGGAUAUACAAGAAGGAGACACAUUAAAUGCCAUAGCUCUUCAAUACUGCUGUUCCGUAGCAGAUAUCAAAAGGGUGAACAAUCUUAUUACAGAUCAGGACUUCUUUGCACUGAGAGCUAUUAAAAUUCCAGUGAAGAAGUUCAGUGUGUUGACUGAGACACACUGCUUUCCUAAAAGCAGGCAAGUUUCAAGAGUGGCUUCUACUUCAUACUCUGCAGAAUUUCCAGAAUCAUCGCUAUCUGCUGAAUCAUUCUCCACUGAGACGGUUGGCAAUUUCUUGAAAGAAGUAGACCGUGAUAUAGAACAAAUAGUGAAAUGUAAUGCAACAAAGAGAGAGAAUCUUAAUGAAGUUGUUUCUGCCUUAUCUAACCAGCAAUCAAACUUUGAAUCAGAUGGUAAAACCAGCAAGCAAAAAGACCCUUAUUAUGGAGCAGACUGGGGAAUAGGAUGGUGGACGGCUGUAGUAAUAAUGGUAGUGGUAGGCAUAAUAACACCUGUAUUUUAUCUUUUAUACUAUGAGGUUUUAGUUAAAGUGGAUGUCAGUCACCAUUCUACAGUGGAAUAUUCUUCAGUUACAUCUCCAUCUCAAUCAAAACCAUUAGGAAAUGAAGUAAAUCAGCACAUUUCAUGAAAUUUGAGGUUUUCCUUUUACAAGUGAAAGAUAUGAGGAUCCAUGCAACAUAUUCUGCGAAGAGGAAAAGAACAACAGGUCCUAUGUGCAGUUUAAAAGUAGCUGUCUUUUGUGAUGGUAUUUAGUGUGAGAACACUUCUGCUAUCUUACUGUGUGUAUGGAAGAAGUUGCUUUUUGGUACAAGAUUCAAGUAUGUUGAUAUUAAUCAACAUACUGUAUGUUGAUAUUCAGUAUGAUAUUCAGUAUGUUGAUAUUAAUUACACAUUGCCUGAAUCUGCUAAAGUACUCCUAUUUAAGGUGCAACACUCUCAUUUAAGGUAAUGGGAAUGAAACCAAUUUAAAUGGAAAUAACUUAUUGUGAGUUUUAUAAAGCCUUGAUCGUGUUUGCUGAAAAACAAAUCUUCAGUUGAGAUGUUGGUAUGUAAGCUUUUUGUAUUUUAAAAGGACAACUCAUUCUUUUUCAUCAUUAGAAUAAUACAGGGAUUAGAAAUAAUUUUUUAAAAGAAGAGCAUUAAAAGCAUAUAAACCACAAAGAAGCAAAAACCACAUAAAAGAGAUACAAGGCUUUUUAACCUGCAAAUGGUUAAAACAUUGUUGUGGGAUUUAUCAACCUUCCAUCAAAGAAUCAAGGAGAGUUGAAUAAAGUUGACAGGAGGGUAAAAAUCAAAACAAAUAUGAUGAAAUUUAGAGUUAACAAAAAGUAUUUAAUUCAAAAUAUUUUCUUCUUUUGCUGGUAAAGAUAUAAAUGAACUGGCAGUUCAGACGUUUUUACAGUUCUCAUUUUCAGACGGCACACCAUCGUUCAUCUACUUUCUCACAAUCAAAUACGGGUUUAUUGAGCUUUUGGUUUACCCCAUUAUGUAGUUUACACAUCUAUUUUGUAAAUUUUUGCCUGCUAGACACAUCAGGAGGAUUGUGUUUCAAUCUUCCCUUCAUAUCAGUACCGCAAACUCUGCAUGGAUAAAAUCUAGCAAACGCGUUGAGAAAAUCUCGCAUUUCUUGUUGCUUCUUCUUCCCUGGUUUGUUAGGAAAAUAAGCGGCGAUGGUGUGCAACAGUGCCAAAGAAAAGCGGCCUAACUGCUCCUGAUCCAGGGGUCCAUCUGAAUAGUAGUCUCCUUUGGCCCUUGGUGUUUUCUGCAUCAGAGAAGAGUAUAUGACAAGCUAAUUAGCACUGAGAGCAUGCUGCCUAAACUGCUUUUGGCUGGAGGAAGGAGUGGGACCAGUGACUCAUGGGACUAACUGCACAUGGCAUGUAAGUGUGUGCAACAGUAUUGAAACCCUAUUUUUUCUUAAACAACUUUAAUAGAAGAAUAGCUUUGAGUAGGAAAGCAGAAGAAAGGGGAAAUGGAUGUUCAAACCAUGUCUCAUUAGUAUCUUUUGUAUUCUAAAACUGUUCUCUCUCUACUUUCUAUUGUUGCCAUGAAGGUUACAUCUUUGUGUAUUUACAUGAAAGUGUAAGUGUGUGCAUGCCCAUGCAUUUUGGAACAGAGGAGUGACAGCGUCUCUUUCUAAUUUGCUCCUUUUUUUCAAAAACAGUAAGGCAUUAGAACUCCAGUACAUAUACAUUAUGUCUAACAUACAGUUAGUCGUAUAGCUAAUCCCUUAUUCCAGUAUUUUUUUUAAAAAGCAUAUUCUUGUCCAUAAAAACUGUUCUACCUUUAAAAAGAUACUAUAUCCAUGAAACUGAUUAUAUUGUUGGACCUCUGAAACAGCAGUGUUCAAAACCUAUCUGUGCCCAUAAAAUCUCAGCUGAAACCUGACUUGAAAUAUUAUAGAACUGUAGAGAAGUUGAAUUCUUUUUAAUGGUUAUGCUACAAUUAAUUUAUUUUAAGAACAGUGAAAUGAAUAGUAAAUCUGUUCAUUUUUAGAUGCUGAAAGUCAAGCUAUUCAGAAAAGUGCUAUGCGCUCUUACUUUGAAAACUCAUGGGCAAUAUAAAAGUAUCUCUGCAUCUUCUCAGUUUUAAAAAUCAUGUAAAAUCUGAUAUUAAAUUUAAAAACUCACAGUUUAGACAAAGUUGGUGCACUCAGAUAAUAAAUUUCUUGUAUGACAAAUUUUCACAUAAUAUACAUGGAUAGCUGAAGCAGUUGUCUCUUAAAUUACUUUGAU